AUGUCGCCGCCCUGCUGCUUUCCCCCGCCGCCAGGAGGCGCCGGGAGGUUCUCUCCUCGCGGAGAGAACUUGGCGGCGUCUGUUCUCCCGCGCGCGGCUCCUUCGUUUUCCAGACUCAUCGUGGUGGCCUUGUUCCUCUCGCUCCUCGGCUCUCUCCCGCCUCUCCCUUUCUCCCCCUCUCCUGCUCCACGGGACUUCGCCCGUGUCUCCUCGUCGGACUCUUCGUCGGCCGUGCCUUUCCCUUCUUCGUCGGACCCCUUUGCGCUGCUCGGAGUGUCUGCCGCCGCGGAAGUCUGGAGCGGCCACCCGGGCGUUCCGCCCGGUCUCUCGGCCACGGGGAUCGUCGUCACGGAGCAGUUUCGGACAGCGGCUGAUGCCGCCCCGCCAGAAGACGUCGAUUUGACGCUCUCCGCCACUGCCACUGAAGAGAGCUUCAGCGUGGACCCGACCACGGACGAGAGCUUACACGCUGCCGUGCAGCGAACGAAGCGGACCAGUCCGUGGAAAACGCCAGGGAAGAGCGUGCGGAUGGCGAACACGCCGGCAGAGAAGGACUUGGAGGAGAUCCUUCGGCUUAUUGACAUGGUCAGCAGGCAACCCCCGCCGACCGCGCCUGGAGCUGAGCGCUCCUUCCGUGGCCGAGAAGGGACCAGUCGACCGCGCCUCUCGACGGGACAGCCGUGGGUCGGAGGAGCCUUCAGCAGAAACAUGAAACUGGACACAGAAUCAGGGGCCGAGGAGCAUGCAGAAAUCCUCAACGAUCCAAAAACCGUGGAGCGAAUUAGGAAGGCUGUCCGUGCCGCCUACAGGGCUGCCCUCGCCGAAUUCGAGGCUCAGACACCCCCAGCAGAGAACCCAACGGCGGCAGUGGAACAAGACGAUCUCACAACCGUCCAGCGAGAACCCAGAGCCGGAAAGAUCAAAGGCGUUCGAAAGCUACUCUCGACGAAGUGGAAGGUUGUCGUCCUGCUGGUGCUGGCGCUGGACCUCCUCCGCAUGUGGUUCCUCUCCCGGCUGUACCAGACUUUUGAGGGCCCCGCACUCCACGACACCCUCAGUGACGUCUUCCCUCCGGGCAUGCGCUUCACGGCGCAGUGCGUGGUCAACACGCUGGCGAUGUUGACCAUCGUGGCGAUCGUGGCCGAUGCGCAGCACCUGUUGAACACGGUAAAGAUGCUGUGGCAGGACGAGAUCGACUCCGACCAUCCUUUGGCAAUGGCGCUGCGACCGCCAAGGCAGGCCGCGGGGAAACGGGGCUCCCAGAGAGUCGCGAGCGUCGCCGAGGCCAGCGCGGGAAAAGCUGGCGUAGAGGACCCCGAGCUGGGGAUCACCGAAGAGGAAAUAACGCAAGUUCUGGCGAAGACUCUGCUUCUCCUCAGACAGGUUGCCGACGUCCAAGCCUCCCCUCGUACACACACGGAGAGAGUAUCGAGACGAGCACAGCCCGGCAACUGGGAGAGCCCUGAAACAGAUGCUCUGUGA